AUGGCGCGACUCGAUCCUGAAGACGACUUCGUCUUCACACUGUCCGAUGAGGAAGCCCCAAACGUCGACUCGGAUGCCGAAAUCGUUGUUAAUAAUAAGGGAAAAGUUACAGGUACUAAACGAAGAAGAGACGAACCUGAAAACACCCAAGCUGAACAAAGCACAAACUCGAAGAAGCGGAAGAAGCAGAAAAAAGGUGGAAUGAAUGCUACAAAUAGCAAUAAAACAGACAAGGGCGCCAACGAUGAUGCGGAAGAAGAGGAUGAAUUCGGCGAAGACGAAAAUGGUGUUUUGGACCCUGAUUUCGAGUUCGACGUUGGCGGGGUUGCGAAUGGUGGAUUAGUGGAAGACUUUGAUGGAUGGGGAGAUGAAGAAAGAAACAAGACCAAAGUAGUAGAAAAGAAAGGUGUCGACAUUGAUGAUAUCCUUGAUCGAAGGAGACAAAAGAAACUCGAAAAGGAAGAGCGUGAGAGAAAGAAAGCUGAAAAGAGAGCUUCUGAGGAGCGCGAAGAUAUGGAUAACGAUGAAGCAGAGGCGGAGGACGAUAACGAUGUGCAGGUGGACCUUGAUGAUGACGAACUCCUUGCUCCUGAUGCGUUUGGAAUGGGCGCUCAGGACGCCUCAGAAAGUGAGGCGGAAGGUGAGGAAGCCGAGUCUGAUGAAGAUGGAGAAGAAAGCAAUCCUGAAGAUGAAGAGGAGGGCGGUGAUGAUGACGAUGAUGAUACCAACUCUGUGGCUUCGGCAGUACCACAUCCAGAUGACCUUGCGUCUGAUGAAGAUGGUUCAGGCAGUGAAAGUGAAGACGAUGACGAGAUCCGCAAGCAAAAUGAGUUUUUUGCUCCCGAGGAACAAGUGACUGAAUUAAAGUCUACUUCUAGAGCGCCUGCUUCUUUCCAGAAUCUUUCUCUGUCUCGUCCCAUCCUCCGAGGCCUCGCAUCUGUAGGAUUCUCAACGCCUACGCCUAUUCAGAGAAAAACGAUACCGGUUGCCUUGCUUGGCAAGGACGUGGUUGGCGGUGCUGUGACUGGUUCGGGUAAAACUGGCGCCUUCAUCGUCCCUAUUCUUGAACGUUUACUUUACAGACCGAGAAAGGUCCCGACAAGUCGAGUUGCUAUUCUAAUGCCGACACGAGAACUGGCUGUGCAGUGUUAUAACGUUGCGACAAAACUGGCUACGUUCACUGACAUCACUUUUUGUCAGCUUGUAGGUGGUUUCAGUCUGCGAGAACAAGAGAAUAUCCUGAAGAAGCGUCCUGAUGUCAUAAUUGCUACACCUGGUCGAUUCAUUGACCAUAUGAGGAAUUCAGCAAGUUUCACGGUAGACACCUUGGAAAUAUUGGUUCUUGAUGAAGCCGAUCGCAUGCUUGAAGAUGGAUUUGCGGAGGAAUUGAACGAGAUUUUGACUACGAUACCAAAGUCAAGGCAGACGAUGCUCUUCUCUGCCACCAUGACUAGCUCUGUCGAUAAACUCAUUCGUCUUGGCCUUAACAAACCUGUUCGAUUAAUGGUUGACUCAAAGAAACAGACCGUGGGCACCCUUGUUCAGGAGUUUGUAAGAUUAAGGCCUGGAAGAGAGGAUAAACGAUUGGGUUAUCUCAUGUUCUUGUGCAAAACUGUUUAUACAAACAGGGUUAUUGUAUUCUUCCGCCAAAAGAAAGAAGCACAUAGGGUUCGAAUCAUUUUCGGGCUUAUGGGCUUGAAGGCGGCUGAACUUCAUGGAAGCAUGAGCCAAGAGCAGAGAAUUAAAAGUGUGGAAGACUUUAGAGAUGCCAAGGUAUCAUACCUCCUGGCGACGGAUCUUGCAUCUCGUGGUCUUGAUAUCAAGGGUGUUGAGACCGUCAUCAACUACGAAGCACCUCAAUCACACGAAAUCUAUCUACACAGAGUCGGACGUACUGCCCGUGCUGGCCGGAGUGGUCGCGCAUGUACUAUCGCUGCGGAACCGGACAGAAAGGUGGUCAAAGAAGCCGUUAAAGCAGGGCGUGCACAAGGCGCAAAAAUAGUGAGCCGAGUAAUAGAGCCAGCCGUUGCUGACAAAUGGGCGGAACAAGUCAACGACCUAGCUACAGAAGUUGAAGAAGUUCUUCAAGAAGAGAAGGAGGAGAAGCAGCUUGCACAGGCAGAGAUGCAGGUCACUCGUGGGAAGAACUUGAUCGACCACCAGGAGGAGAUCAUGUCCAGGCCCAAGCGCACGUGGUUUGAGUCGGAGAAGGAAAAGCGAGAAUCAAAGAAGCGAGGUCUGAUGGAGCUUAAUGGACCAGAUUCUGUGAAGAAGGGAAAGAAAAAACUCAGCGGCAAGGAUAAGAAGAAGCUGGAUGAUGCACGGAUGCGAGAGGAAGGCCGUGUAUGGAAGAAGGGCAAGGCUGAGCGAGAAGCUAAACCUGGCAGCCAAAAUAAGGGUAAAAAGAAGAAGAAUAGCGGCAAAGCAGGGAAGAAGCGCUAG